AUGAUAUCGAAAGAUCCUGUUGACAUUAUCGACAUCAAGUCUGAUGCAAAGGGGACGGCCUUGGCUCAAGAAACGCGCAAUGCCCUGCACACCAAGCCGGCAGCGUUCCAUCCGCUACUGCUUUGGGACGAGCAGGGGCUCAAGAACUUCGAAGCUGUCACCUAUGCGAAUCAGUAUUAUCUGACCAAUUGCGAAAUCGAGUUGUUGGAGAAGCAUAGCAGCGAGAUUGCUGAGGCUCUGGCGCCGAAUUCUAUCUUGGUGGAAUUGGGUAGCGGAUGUCUCAGGAAAGUCAAGAUCCUCCUGGACGCGCUGGAGAAGAGCGAGAAGCGGGUAGAUUACUAUGCGCUUGACCUCGACUAUUCUGAACUAGAGCGCACAUUACGCGACAUCAGGCCUCAAGACUUUCACUAUGUGCGAUGCCACGGUCUUUUCGGUAGCUAUGACGACGGGUUGAAGUGGUUCACAAGCUCCGAAAUCAGCUCAAAACCACGAUGCAUCAUGUCUCUGGGAAGCACGCUCGGCGGGUUCAAUCGAGACGAAGCAGCAAAAUUCCUCUCUCAAUUUGCCAGCUUACCGGCACCACACUCGUCAAGUGUUCAGUCGUCUUUGAUGCUAAUUGGAUUGGACGGCUGCGAGGACGGUGACAAGGUCUGGACGGCGUAUAAUGACGACGAGCAGCGCAAUGAGAGAUUCAUCCGGAACGUCUUGUCGCACGCCAACAGAGUACUGGGUAAAGAAGUCUUCCGUCAGGGCGAGUGGGAACAUCGUGGCAAGUGGAAUGACGAGCUAAAGAGGCAUGAGCAAUAUUUGAUUCCGAAGAAGGAUGUCUGGUGUGAUGGUCACUGCUUACAAGCUGGUGAAGAAGUGUUUGUUAUACCCAGCUACAAGUACGGAUCAGAGCAACGAUCAAAACUGUGGCACGAUUCUGGGCUGCGACCAUUGAAAGAGUGGACUACAAAACCACACAGCUACGGUCUCCAUCUUCUAGCCGCCGCCCUUCCAAACUAGAAGCAACAGUCUUUUCCGGUGUCGAGAAAAGGCCAUAAGAUGUGCAGAGAGUCCUGCUUCUGAUGCUGUCACAAGCCCUGACUUUAAGAGCUCAAUAGCAUGUCCAAAGUGCCAAUUCUCAUCACCAUGUUGCUCGUUACAAGGAUUCUUCAGUGCGACGGGAUAUCUCGACAUGGUGGUUCACUACACAAUGGCUUUCCUGGUACCAAUUGGC